GUGUUGCUAUGCUUCAUACCAUUAUCACAUUGACUUCCUAGCGCAGUCCGUUUUUGUUCCCUUUUUGAAUGAACUGGGCACUUGUUUUCCUCGAUAGUAUCCUUUUGAUGAAAUAGCGUGCGCGUAACAACAAAGAGUUGUUGACGAAGAUGUCGUCUUUAACGAAGCAACAUGGUACUAGAGGGGACGCCAUGUUGUCCUCUUCACGUCCUGAUCGUCAAGUAGAUCACACAAACAUGGUUGAUCAUCAAAAUCAAAUACAUGGUAAUUAUCAUAACAAAGAAGUGGAUGUCGUUGUCGACCACCUUGAUGAGAACAGCGCUUCAUUUGUGAGGACCGAACGCCUUCUCGGUCUGGAGAAGGAUCGCGUAGAGCAGAUGUUUCUACGCGAUCUGAGCACUUCGCGUGCUCCGAUUCACCGCACACUGGUCGACCUGAUCCAGGAUUCGAGGCACCGAUUGAAGGUCUUCGCUCAUAGAGUGAUCUUUCCGCCCGAGGAGCAGCUGCCUCCUGCACAUUACGUGAUGAUGGUUCGUGGAAACGCCGACUUCGAAUUGAAGAAGUUGGGGGAGAAAUACGGCUUUCCGAGAGGGUUUCCGUUGGUUUACAGACCAGGAGGAGGUAGUGUUGGACUUGGAUGGGAGGGAGAAGAUUUGCCAGAUCUCAUUUCAGAAGAAGAAGUGUCAACUCCAGCUAGUGGUCUUAAGGUUUUGGCCUAAUGAUCCAUCUUCUUCUGAAGCAUGCAUCCUGAGUAGGUAUGAAACGAAAAUCUGUUAUCAUUAUCAAGUUUCUGAAGAAGAAAAGCAUGAUAAUGAUAACAGAUAAUUUUCAUUUCAUAGAAGGCUUUUCAAGGGGAAAAGGGGAGCGGGAUGCUUCUCAGGAUGCAUCAUUAGGGUGAGCUCUAAGAGUCGCAAGAAAGAAAAGAAGCAAGCAAAGACGAACAAGAUUAGUAGCAAAAACCAACAAGCUUCAAGUUCAAAGAAAGCAUCGUCACCUGGCUCUGGUGGCGCAAAUGCAGAAGACCUUGCAGAGAUUGUUUCCUACGGUUUUUACCCCAAAUUUGACAACGACACCGCUUUACCGAAAGUCAGAUUGGAGGACUAUGCAAAUGCUGAGAGAGUAACGUUUUUUCGCAAGUGGAGUGGUUUUUUGAGCAUGAUUGUGGCUUUUCAAGUGGGCAAGAGGUCUUUCUGGACUGCAACAUCGAAAAACAGUUGCGCGUGGGAUAGCGAUUUCGUACAAGAUGCAGCGCGAUUGUGGACUAAAGUGGUCACGCCAGCAUUGGUGGCACGGAUGGCAAAGGAUAAGCUAUGCCUAUGCGCAGAGACGAUGAGCUUCAACGAUCAAGCACAUGGAGCGAGGGUGUUGCUGGAGUCGGUCAUUGUGACAUCUUUGGGCAUAGGGACGGGUUCUUCGAGUGCCGAAACCUCUGGUAGUGGUGGUCCAACUACCCUCUACUAUGGUCCUGGUCCAACUCUGCAUGGUAAUGCCUCUGUUGCGACGUUGCCACCACCCACAGCACUGACGAUGGUAGAAGAAGGCAUGAAUCCUGAGAAUGACGUGAACAAUGCUCGUGUAGUUGCAAACGGGAAUGGAAAAAUGACAGAACAUCUUCAUCUUGGUCAAGAAACAGAAGCUCUGUCAUCAGCUUCUGCUUCGAGUAGUUCUCCUUCUGCUUUAGUGGGUACUGCUGAACAAGGUAGUCCCGAUAGCAUCCCAGCAGGUACUGAAGAUAGCUCCCAAUUUGUCCGCUACGCUGACUUGACUGAGCUGUCUACGUUCUGUCAGGAAUACGCGUUGCCACACGAUCCGCCUGUGGUUUUGAAUGGGAAGGAGGCAAUCCAGCAAUUCCUCAACGCAGUCAACAACGCCCGUGACUAUUUAACGGAGGAGAAAUUGGGUCAAAUCUUGAAGGCGUUUUCAUUGCCAUUUAAGAGUCUGCACACUCAGAUUCUUGGGGACGUCCUGGAAGGACUGGUGUUACACUGCUUUUCGCCGGCUGCAUCGUCUUCGGGUAAUAGUUCUUCUAGUAGUGCUAGUGCUACUCAAACGGGAGCUCAAUCUACUGCAAUGUUGAAGAAGCAGACGAUCAAGUACAAGUUUCCGAACUACACGUGUCGAACAUUUGGUUUGCGUACUAUUUUGGGGGAAAAAAUAGCUUUAGACUCGCCAAAGGCGCUGGCUGAAUAUCGCAGUUACACUCAACGUUGGUGCUAUUCAGAGGCUGGCAGAUCCUUCUGGCUGUCUUUUUUAUGCGCCUGUGGUAUGAACCUACAUGCUAGGCAAUUUGCUACGAAAACUUCUUCUGGAGGUUUGAAUACUGGUCAUCAAGAUGGUAGGCAAGACGAGCAAAACCCAAUGUCUUCCAGUGCAUCUUUUUCUUCUCCAUCCGACGAUCUCCGUGUAGGCCUACAUAUCCGCCUAGCUGACGACACGCGCGAUGCUUUGUUGGCUUCUGGGGCUAUGCGGUAUGAAGAAGGUGGCAUCGAUCUGACGAAAUUUCCCGAAGGCAAAUUUGAUGUUGAAAGACUGAAGAGUUCAAAACUCUUUCCGGGGACUGCUGCUGUGCCUUCCAACGACGUAUCCUCUUCCUCAGCAUCAGCACUCCUAGGAGCAGCUAAAUCCUCUGCAGUAGCAGACGCCUUUGCUCAGCAAGCUAGUUAUGAUGGAACUAUGAUCUGCGUUCUGGCGCCUAUAGGGUAUGGAAAAUCAGGUUUUGCGGAGUUUUUGGUUGCGGAAUUGAACAAAAGAGAAGGAAUGGAGGACGAUCGCUACGUCCAUAUCGAUGGGGAUACAUUGUUCUAUGGAGACGGGUCUGGGAACACCCCUGCUGCUCAACACGAAGAAACUAGCACCCCAGAGGUAGACGUUUGCAGCAACUGGAGGUCCCGUACGCUAUCCUUGGGUGCAGAGCGUGGCUGCUAUACCAUGUGGUGCAUUUUAUUGGCUUUGCAUAUGGGUAAGAUUCCGGUAAUAUCGACAGGGGGAGGCGUCCUUUUUGGCAGAAAAGGUCACUUCGCAUUAGCUGAGCAGAUUCGUUUGUGCUUUCCAGAAUGUCGCAAACGGGUAAAAUUGAUUGCCUGUGUGCCUGGUAACCGGCUUCAGAAUCAGAAGAACCUCCAAGAUGGAACCGAAGACAUCAACUACGAAAUCGAUCUCAAUUGUUACAACGAUUUGCAAACCGUGCAAAACACCGUCGCUUACCGAGUGCAGAAGGGGUUGUGGAGCGUUGCAGGGAGUCAAAAGCUAGACCAAUUCCAGAGAAUGAUUGCGGGCAAAUCUCAACAGAACGAACAGUUCGCGCAACAAAUCAGCGACUUAGCGGAUGCAAGCUUCGCUUUCCCUAGAAUGAGACCAGGAUCUACCUAUAAGACGACGCCAAAUUCCACAUCAAGACCAAAAAAGCACAUCUCUAGGGCCGAGAUGUCCGAACAGUUUGGGGUUGAUGACAGUAUAGUCGUCUCGGAUCACGAAGAAGUGACGUUGUCCGAUCGAGAGGAAAUACAGCCAGACACGAGCGCAACUACUGUCGAUGUAACCUCUCUAGUGACGCAAAUCCAACAAGCAAUAGCGCCAAUGCAGAGAUCCGCGUUCUCCGAGAUGCGCUUGUUGCAGACCAGAGUGCUGGCAGAGGUACCCGAUGCCAAGUGCGGACAUAUAACGAUGCAUUACGGGUAUUCGAUGGUGAAACAUCAUAAAGCUGCAACUGGUGGCUCUCCUGUGUCUCUCCUGAAAGAGGACAGUAAUAUGGUCACGAGGAUGAGGUAUUCUGGACAGACCUUUGCGGUUAGCCUGGCUUACGCCAGAGCAAAGCCUACAUACGUCUACGCCCUACGUGUCACUGCGAAGCCGAACAACGGUGUGAAUAAGGUGGACUCAGUUUGCUGUGUCGUCAUACCAGCAAGUACAGCGCAGUGGAAAAUCGUGAAAAAGGUCUACAAUGGCCUUGAGAAGAUCAUGGACGCGGUAACGGAUGAAAAGUUGGAGGAUGUUGCGAAUAGCUGGAAGAAAGUGCUCAACAGCACGUCAACAACUAGGGCAUUAUCUCCCGCGGGUUUACCAUCAUCAAGUUCCGCAGUACAACCAGUAACGAGUUCAUCAUCUUCCUCCAGGCGACCGUUGAACUACUCUCCAACCACCGCAGAUCUAGGAUUGAGAGAUUACCUUCGCACCUAUUCCACCAGGAGUGUUCUGGACAGGUUGUCAGGUGUCGCCACGAAGUGUUGCUCAUCGGCCGAUGGGAAUACACAACUUUCACGCGCAGGUCUUGGAGUUCCAGGAGGUCCAAGUUCAGCACCUUCGCGCCUCUUACUAGACACAACAGCGAGCACACAACGAACAGCCAGUAUACGGACAGAGUGGGACGACGGCGAACAAGAGUCGGAGGAGCUUCCAAGACUUUCAGCGUUUCUAGUUUCCCAACAUGAACAAUCUCAACAAGAACCUCAGCAAGAACCUCCAGAACAUCAAUCACUAAACAUCAAAAACGAGACUGGUGAAGAAGCCAUGCUUUUGCGUAAGAUGCUGGCCAUGGAUUUGUUUCGUCAUAGUCCUAGCACUGGCGACGAACGUAGGAACGAAGGAGAGGAAUCCUCUCCUUGUCUUACCACAGCCUACGAUACGAAAGGUGCUUCCGCCUGCUCUGAUGGCACUCUUUCCUUGCAUGUGACCGUGAACCCUGGGAGACAUGCAGCGAAGGAAAUGCGCACACUUGCUGGUGCCUUUCUGAGGGGAGAACCCUAUGUUCGAUUGCCCUUGCAAAAUGGAAAGGAGUUUUUAGACAUGAAUCUGGCGAAUUCACGAAGGGAGCUAGUCAAAGUGAGACUGUGUGGCUUGUUUGGACUGCCUAGUUACAUCUGAAACCCUUUCUAGAAGAUGAGUCGCGCCUUUUAACCCAUUAGUUUCAAUCAGGGAAUUAUACACUCGUCUCCAUGGUGUUUCACUAAGACUCUAUCUUUUUUUGUCGCGCGCCGCGCUACCAACCUAGUGCUUGUCGUGCUUGAUGAACGCCUGAAGCGAUUGGGUGUCGUUUUUUUUUACCCAAAGAGAUCUACCUGGCGCAGAGCAAGACGUAUUAUACUAGGUAUUGCGGAUUACAGCAAGCCUCAACAUGUC